AUGCAGCAAGAAGCAGAGAGAUGUAGAGUUCGAGCCAGAAGGCCUGACAUGGCACUAUAUGUACCUAAAGCUCGAAGGGGUGCAGUUCUCCUCAAGGCAGAUAAUGAGGCAAAAAGCUCUGGUUUGCCUAACUCUGUGGUGAAGGAACAAAAGGAAGGCUGUCUCUCUCAAAAGGAAAUCUUUAGAGACAAACCUGAGGCUCAGAGACUAAGUAUUAGUCCUGAUAGAAAGGACCAUAAUUAUAGGGAGGGAAAGAAAUCUUCAGCAAAAUUAAGAAAAGACAUAUGCCUUCAAAAAAGAAAUAAAGAUAGUGUUUGUAUUAAGAGAGAAACUACAGAAUCCAAAGAAAUACUAUCCCGAAGACAUCAACAAAGAGCCUCAAAUACUGGGAUUAUACAUAAUUUACCUGUACAGAGACAUUUUAAACCAAAGAAGGUAGAGGGUUUGGGUGUUGAAACCCGCCAUGUGACAGGGCAUGAGAGAAUGCUUUUAUCACAGUUUUGUUCAGAAAUUAGUGAGGCUCAGGUUCUAAGCAAAUCAUUUCAAGAUGUUGAGGUCUGCAAUUUCAGUAGGCACGAACUAAGUGGGGAAACAUUUGAAAAUAGAGAUUUGGAAAGCAGAAUUGAAGCUGAUGCCAAGGUUGUGGAGAUACUAUCCCAGUCUCCUAAAGUUUUUAGUUCUGUAUUGAAACCUGAGAAUAUGAUUGCAACAGUAAAACUAAGCUCUGAUUCUGGAAUUGUACAACAAGGCAUACAGACAUCCGAUGGAAUGUUGAAAUGUAGCAGAGAAGAUACCACUGCUCUUUAUGUUCCUCGAAGUCUAGAUAGAGUCAUUGAUCAAACUUGUGUAGACUUUGAAUCUGAGAAUGUAGGUGAUAUAGCUAGUACUACAGAUUUCAUCUUGUGUCAGAAAAGUAAAGGUUCCAUUCCUGAGACUAUGGGUCACAUCUCUCAUAAAAUGUCUAUAGCCAGCAGAUUAAAGAGCACAAAUGGCAUUGUUGAUCCAAUAAUGUUUAAAAAGUAUGAGAAGAAUGACAGCAUUGCUGAUGAGUUAUGUGUAAAGUGUGAACCUUCUGAAACAGAUACAGAUAAUGGACUUAAGAGUGUAGGUGACAUUACCAGUAAAACGUGUAUGAUGGACAUUACAGAUGCCUUAUGUGAUCAUAUAACUGUUGGCAGCCCUUAUGUGGUUGCAGUUAGAAUAGCUGAUGAGACCUGUAACGAUAUAAGUAGUUUCACAAAACAUACAGCAAUGAGUACAGAUGCAGGUCCACCUUAUGUAGCUGGAAGUGGGAAUGACACUGAAAAUUCUAGCAAUUUGACAGCUUGCUCAGAUAUUUAUGCUCAGAGUAUUUCAUCUAGUUGUAUAGAGUCAACAGGAAAGUUGACAGAGAGCCUGUCAGAUUGUGCUUCCUCCUCACCUAUAAAGAAGAUUGCUGAUGGUAAUUGUAAUACUUUUUUGGACUCUCAACUCAGCAUGUUAAAUGGGACAAAAUUACUUUCAGACAGUGCCUUGGGCAAUGAUCUGGAUAGUACUGGUGAUAUAACAGAGACAUUGCGUGAACUAAGAACUUCUGAAGAGUUCAAAACAAAAGAGCAAGAUGACUCAGAGAAUAUAGAAUUUGGUGUAUCCUUUCCUGAUAGAGAAUCAUUAUCUAUGGAAACAUCCAUGGAACUGAAAGCAACUGAAACUUCUGACAUGGAGGAAAGUAAUGCUCCUGAAGAGAGCUGGGAGUCUUUGUUUAAUGAUGAUGGUGAUUGCCUGGAUCCACGUCUUCUACAAGAGUUAUCAGGGAAUGUAAAGAACAGAGAAAACAUCCAGGAACCUAGAUUUGAUUAUUACAACCACGACGUCCCUGAUAUUGACCUCAGUGACUGUGAAUUCCCACAUGUCAUUGAAAUUUAUGACUUCCCCCAAGAAUUUCGUACUGAAGACCUUCUGCGGGUUUUCUGCAGUUAUCAGAAGAAAGGAUUUGAUAUUAAAUGGGUGGAUGAUACACACGCACUAGGAGUAUUUUCCAGUCCAAUUACAGCUCGUGAUGCUCUAGGUAUUAAACACACUAUGGUGAAGAUCCGGCCCUUGUCACAGGCCACAAGAGCAGCCAAGGCCAAAGCUAGAGCUUAUGCUGAGUUCCUCCAGCCAGCAAAGGAGCGUCCUGAGACCUCAGCAGCCCUAGCCAGAAGGUUAGUCAUCAGUGCCCUUGGGGUUCGAAGUAAGCAGAGCAAAACAGAACGGGAAGCAGAGCUCAAGAAACUGCAAGAAGCCCGAGAGAGAAAACGGUUAGAAGCCAAGCAACGGGAAGACAUCUGGGAAGGCAGAGACCAAUCUGCAGUGUGAACAUAAUGAAAGGGAUAAUUCCAUGAAUCAGAAAAUGUUCCCAUAGUCUUCACAUAAGAGGAUUCCCUUCCACAGCUGUGUACAUGCAGAUGCGGAUGUUACAGAGAUAAAGUCAUCAAGACAAGGACUGGGUAUUGAAAGAAGAUACACUCCUGUCUUCGCUCCUAAAUGGCAGGUCUUUGGAAUUGCCCUACUGUGGCGGGCAUAGUAGUGAGCCAUAAGCUAGUAAGAAAUAUGGAAGCUGUUAUAUCCAGGAGUCCUCUUGAUAGGGCAAGUCAUGUUAGCGUGGGUCACGCUUCCACAAUGUUUAAAAACAAAUACAAAACAGAGGAUUCAGACCUGCAAUGAUGGGAGCUUUAGGCUCUGCAAAGACAGAGCUUUCCUUAUGUGACAAAAUUGAGAACAGCAGUAUUGGAAGCAGGGGUGGGGAUAGGCAGGGAGUAAUUAGUACAGAGAGACAGAACAGUGUCUGGUGUACUUCAUACAUGAAAUCUGUACUGCCGGUUCCAGAAUUCUGAAGUUGGUGAGCUGCAGCAGAUGUGGGCAUUUAGACUCCAGAGUUUAUACUGAGCUCAGUGCCCAGGGCUGCUCCAGCUGCAGAGCAGCCAGAGGGCAAGCCAGAUUCAUUCCUCAAUAGGCUGGCCUUGGGAGCUGUGUGCCAGUUCCAGUGUAAGCAGUUAUAUCAUGUUGGAAGAAGGACAACAUUAAAGCCCAUUUUAUGACAUGC